AUGAGAAUUGGUCCCUGUCCAGUGGCCAGGCGCAGAGCGUGGCAGCCAGGCCUUUGGGUGCUGCGCAUGCCCCUGAUGCCAGCCGUGCUGUUCCUCCUCCUCGGCCCGGCUGGCAACAUCUCUGAGCCUGCUCUGUUGCCAUUCCCAGAAAUACGACUUGCCAACGGGCCGAGCCGGUGCCAGGGGCGAGUGGAGAUCUUCUACAAUGGCUCCUGGGGGACGGUGUGUGAUGAUGACUGGGAUAUCGUGGAUGCCAACGUGGUGUGUCGCCAGCUGAGCUGUGGCCAUGCCAUGGCCCUCCCAGCCACCAUGACCUUUGGCCAAGGGAGUGGACCCAUCUUCCUGGACAACGUGGAUUGCAAGGGCCAGGAGGCAGCUCUGAGCGAGUGCUGGAGCCAUGGCUGGGGCAUCCACAACUGCUACCACUACGAAGAUGUGGCUGUCAUAUGCAAUGAGCUCUCACCCACGCAAGCAAGCGAAGGACCAACCAGCAGGACCGUCACAGCCUCAGUGCAGCAUGGGGAAAGUGAUGGCAGCAUCCGCCUGGUGAGCGGGACUGACACCUGCCAGGGCCGGGUGGAGAUCUUCUACCGUGGGAACUGGGGCACCGUAUGUGAUGACGACUGGGGCCUGAGUGACGCCAGCGUGGUGUGCAAGCAGGUGGGCUGUGGCCAAGCCCUGGAUUACAAGAGCAAUGCCUAUUUUGGCUACGGCACGGGGCACAUCCUCCUAGACAACGUCAACUGUGACGGCAGCGAGCCCUUCCUCUCUGCCUGCUACAGCCUUGGCUGGGGGAUCCACAACUGCGGCCACCACGAGGAUGCUGGAGUCAUUUGUACAGGGCUGGACAUGUCCACCGUCACAUCCUUCACCACCUCGGUGGCCCUGGAGUACGAAGAGAUGCUCACUGCCACAGCCACAGCAGCCACGGACGGUGGAGACCAGCCCUCCCAGGCGACCGAGGUGACCACAACGGCUCUCCUUACCAUAGAGCAGGACAGUGGCGGCGUGCGGCUGGCGAACGGGAACGGGAGCUGCCGCGGGCGGGUGGAGGUGCGGCACCGCGGCGCCUGGGGCACCGUCUGCGACGACGACUGGGACUUCCCCGACGCCCGGGUGGUGUGCAGGCAGCUGGGCUGCGGCGCGGCCCUCCACGCCACCGGCCUCGGCUACUUCGGCUACGGCAGCGGGCCCGUGCUGCUGGACAACGUGGGCUGCGCCGGCACCGAGGCCCGCCUGGCCGACUGCUUCCACCUCGGCUGGGGACAGCACAACUGCGGCCACCACGAGGACGCCGGCGUGAUCUGCCGAGGUGCUGAUGACUCAGGAGAUGACUUCCAAGAAGCUACUUUUACAACCGCCACGUUAGUCCCAACUCAUCCCAAGGACGGGUUCUUGCGCCUGGUGAAUGGCAGCCACCGGUGUGAGGGGCGCGUGGAGAUGUUCUACCUGUCCCAGUGGGGGACGGUGUGCGAUGACGCCUGGGACCUGAGGGAUGCCAAGGUGGUGUGUCGGCAGCUGGGCUGUGGCCAUGCCGUGGCGGCCUGGGGGGAGGCGCGCUAUGGCCAGGGUGUUGGCUACAUCUUCCUUGACAACCUCAAGUGCAAAGGCAACGAGGCCUCGCUGCUGCGCUGCUCCCACAUCCGCUGGGACGUCCACAACUGUGACCACUCAGAAGAUGCCGGCGCUCUCUGCAGCCUUCUAUGACUGCCCCAGCCUGCCCACAGGGACCUCAUGCAGAUCACGUGGAAGAACCUGGCCUGCCCCCGCUGCAGCACGAUCCUCGACGUUUGCAGUGAAGCGUUUGUGCCUUCUGCAGGGAAACUGGUGAAACGAUCUUUUCAUUUUUGUUUAAUGGGUGUGAGGGAGCGGAGGGAGUCGCUUAAUGACACGGAGCGGGUCCCGGCUGCUCACUCAUCCACGCUUGGUCCUGUAUUUGUACAAUUCUUUUGUUAAUAAUAGCUUGUGCAUAUUCCAAUUUUUCCACUUUUCUUAUACAUUUGGGGGGUUGUUUUGUGAAUAA